UUAGGUUUCACAUAAACUGUUAGAAUGUAACAUCAGAAGUCAGGAUUCUCUUUUCUCGGGUCGGCCAUAACCUCCCUGGCACGAAAAGGUACUGUGGAGAGAGUGUAGCAGAAAACGAUGGUGAGAAAACAAAGGCAUGCCAGGCGAAAUCAGCAAAUCUGUCCACUAGGGAAUAAGAUAUAGAUCAAUCAGAAGCUUCGGAGAUCAUGUAGCUAUGGAGGCUGCUUGAGUAGAUUAAUGCAGGAUGCAUGAAUCCACUUCCGUUGGACACAGCUUCAAAUUUUUUAGUUCUAUCGGUCACGAGCUCCGAAGAAACAUCAGGAGACAUGAUCAUGGAGGUGCUUAAUCUCAAUAGUGUUUUUGGUCUGUUGCUGCAGCUUCAAACAUAGAUUGACCAAACGAAGGGAAUGGAAGCUUCCCAGCCUCUCUCCAUUGAGAGCUUUUCCUAUAGUUGGCUGGUGAACCGAAAUCCCUCUGCAGAAAUUACAGAUGGUUCCGUCCGGGCCUCGCUCGAUGCAUCCGAAGAAGCUUAUUUCAUUGAAAUGGACCCCAGAUUCCCAUCCUCAAAGAGCUUCCGCAGGAACUCCAUCUCUUAUGAUUUCAAGUUCGAUUUCCCGACUUCGCAACCUCCGUUGCCUUUUGUUCACGCCGACGAGGUCUUUCGCGACGGCUAUGUCUUGCCCUUUUUCGUCGACCCAUUGAAGCUGAAGUCCUGCGAAGCCUCGAACCACCCGACUUCUUCCCCGCCUCCUCCUGUUCACGUGAAGAGAACCGUGAUGCCCGAAAGUAAAUUGCGUUCUCCAUCGCUGAGGCAGUGCCGGCGGUUAUCGAGGCGGAUAUUCCGGAAGUACUUGCAUUUGUUCAGGCCACUCGUCCAAAUGAUGCGAGGACGCGGGACAGGGCCUAAAGCAGAGGAAACUCGUGGUGCAAAAAGUCAGGCAAUCAAGAACUCCGUCCAUCCGGUCGAGUGCUCCCCCAGGAUAAGCUCCGCGUACUCCGCAGACGAAUGGCGGAGGUCUUGCGAUUCAGAGAGCUCCAUUUACGAGGCGGUUCUCCAUUGUAAAAGAUCCAUCGGCAGAUGAGAAGAGGCUAAAAUGCUCCCAGGUAGGGUGCCCACAAAGAGAUGCGAUGCACCAAGGUAAAAGAUGAAGGACAGUUAAAAGGCCAAUUGGAGAUGAAGAAAACAGAACGAGAUACGUCCGAUCGGCUUUAGCGGAAGGUCGCCGUCAGAAUCUCCCACUCUAGGAGGAAAGAAUAUGGCUGGAACUGCUACUGUAAUUUUUCCCAACGGAGGAAAAAUCCUUGGACUGAACUUAAAGAGAUAAUGUCCUCCUUGCCGGGCU